AUGGAAGUUAAGUUGGAUGAAGACGUAGAUGAUGGAUCAGAGGUGGAUAUGAGUAGUGCAAUAGAUGAGUUAUGGAAAAGGUUUAAGUCACUGGAUGUUGUUGGGAAAAGGGCAUUAAAAAGUAGGGUUUUUGAACUUGCCUUCCCUACAAUGACUUCUAUGUGUCCACCACCUGAGAAAAUAAAAACUAAAGGGGGAGUCAAGAAGAAAGACAAAAAACCAGUAGGAUAUGAUGUUAAUAGAGACCCUUCGUAUCACGAGUAUGUUGAUCAAGCAUCUCAAUCUUCACAGAUGCAAUCUCAAUCAUCACAAACUUCGAAGAAGUUGAAAUUAUCACUGUCUUCACAAAAGAAAUCUCAACCAUCACAAGCUUUGAAGAAAGUCAUUGCUUCAUUGCAUGGAUUUGGUGAAGAUGGUUGGCCAAUGGUUCGUCGAGACUUGGGGUUGGAAAUAAUACAUAAUGAAAGAUCAAGUUUGUAUGCCAAUUUAUUUACUGAUCAGUUAGCAGUGGUGAGAGAAUCUUUGAUGAUAGAGGAAGUCGGUCCUCAACCACCACAUAAAUGGUUAACUCUACCAGAUAUGGGUUACGUGAUAGCGAAUCGUUAUAAUGUUGUACUUGUCUGUUUAGGAAUUGAAUGCUGGACUUUCUUCCCUAUGAAAACUUCAUUUUCACCGAAUGUAGCGAUUUACUGCAUUGGUUUUGUAAACGAAAAUCAUUGGGUUCAGGUAAACAUGAAAGAAGGGUUUCCAUUGCCACCGGUGACCGUAAAUUGGAAGAAUUUUCGUUCUCCAGCAGCAACAUCUUGGAUGCUAGGAUUUGCACGACGUCUACAACAUUGGCAACAACUUAUGCCUAUAUUACCAACACAUUAUACAUUAUAA